GGGGUGUGGAAGAUUGCUGUGCCUGUGUACUCGGGCUGGAUCUUGACUGCAAGAAGCGAAGCAGAUGACACCCCCGAACAGAGGCUGAGACUCUCUCGCCUCGUGCCGCGUCGGAUGGCUCCCCAUCCUCCCUCGAUAUGGUCACAACGUCGUCCGCAGGAGGUCUCUAGCCUAUCCAAUGCUACAUAUACAUAUCCUUUGCUCUUACUGUCUCUGCAUUAUCAGCCUCUGUCUGCACUUCCAACAACCGAUAUCGCUCGGAAGGGAAAGAGCAACGCUUCGCCUAUACGCAUCUCCAAGCCAUUGCUCGCAUUCUCGCUAGCUAGCCCGUCCCCCGAAGACAUCCCGUUACGACGCGAUCAACUUGCCUGUCGCGCUUUCAAGCAAGGCUUAGCACAAAGGUGGCUGCACAGCUUUCUCCAUCCACACCUGUCACAAGCCCAGCCGAUCACUCUGAUCACCACAUCUGAAAUCAGAUUCACACGUCUCAAAGGUUCAACCUGGCCACGACGGAAACACUUCUUCGGUUAUCGUGCGAUCUCACCAAGGCAAGCUUCACGACUGCACUGCUUGCUUUCUCAUCAUCACACCACGCGACCUCCUUAUAUCAAUACUCAGAGCGACAUCAAAGCCUCCACAGCCGUUAAGCUCUUUCCACGGUGUCGUGUACUUUUACAUCCGCGUCUGGCGUAGCACGUUACACAGUGUGGCCAAGUCCAUCAACCCGAGUCAACUCUCCCGUCUAGCCUUUGGCGAUCAAAAGAGACCCUGACGGUGACUGCGGAGCACGUUGGUCGGGAAACCAAGCAAGGAAACGGAUAGUAUCUGCAGCUUUUUGGAACCGCCCAUCAAGAGGAGAAGCAAGAGGCAU